UUUGUAUGAGUAGCACCCGGCGGCUUUUUUGAAGUGUUGUGUGUAUGUCCAGGUUUUUUAUAUCAUCUAUGUUUAUGCAUUUGUAAAUAUUUCUGUCUAUAUCAAUUCAUUAUUUAUAAAUACGAUGUACUUCCGAUGAGAAACACAAUGGACGUGGCUGAUAGCAAAGGUAUGACAAAGGUAUUAGCUAACUAACAGAAUGCUAGCUAGCCUACUAGUUGUCAAAGUUUGAUUUUUAACCUAGGCUAUCAGUAGCUAGCAGUCAAAUGACAAUAAAUAGCUUUCACCUGUGAUCGCUGAAUAUGGAUUCUUCGAGUCCACCAUCGAAAAGAAAGUUUUAUAUGGGACGUCAUCAGUACAAGACAAAAAGCCUGACCAUACUGCAUCUGAAGCAGAAAGAUAAUGAACAGGAGGUAGGAGACUACACUUUGGCCAUGGAUCAGGAGAUUCUUGAAGCCUUAGAUGAUCUUGACCCUGGUGGGACUGGAACAAAGAAUGGAGUGGAAAUUCAUCCCAGUUCAUCUGUAGGCGUUAAAAGAGUCAAUUCUACAAAGGAGAAGAAUAAAAGCUCCACAACCUCUCAUGAUAUAUCCAAACCGGCAGGCCAAGGGACAAUCCCAGUAUCCCAGGGUUGUCAGAAAACUUGGAAACGGUUGGAAAAUGGUAAAAGUUUGGUACAGAAACUGCUCUUCAGCGAGGACGGAGAAGGGUUACACUCAAACCAUGAUGCACAGAAACCUAAAAGUGACCCGGACGAAAAGACUUCUGACACUCAUAAAACAGCCCCCACACAGGCAAAACUGUCUGACAGAAAUCCCUCUCAUCCUCCAAGAAAGAAAAAUCAGGAUGCUGAGGAAUCUAUGAUUAAAGGUAAACAAUCAAAAAGCACAGGAAAGGACUACAUCCUCUUCAGCCCUACCCAUGUAGCAGCGGCAAAGGAGAAAAAAGGCCACCAGCUGCCGUCUCGUUCCCUGGGCAAUCAUUCGGUGUCAGUGCUCACUCCUCCCUCUGGCCUGGAGCAGAGCUCUCUGGGGGAAACGCUGGCUGAUGCAGGACUGAGUAUGCAUAUGGCGAUUCCAACUGAUCUCACAGACAAGCUACUUCUGUCAAGCUGGGGCCUUCCCAAGCCUGUGCUUGACCGGUACCAAAGCCGGGGUGUGCAGCGCAUGUUUGAGUGGCAAGCUGAAUGCCUCACCCAGAGAGGAGUCCUGGAAGGCAAAAACUUGGUGUAUUCAGCUCCUACGAGUGCUGGGAAAACUUUAGUGUCUGAGUUACUCAUUCUCAAGAGAGUCCUUGAAACGAGGAAGAAAGCUAUAUUUAUUCUACCAUUUGUGUCUGUGGCCCGGGAAAAGAUGUUCUAUUUGCAGGAUGUGUUCCAGGAGGCGGGGGUGAGGGUGGAGGGUUAUAUGGGCAGCACGUCCGCUGCGGGCGGGUUUGGGGCUCUGGAUGUGGCUGUAUGCACCAUAGAGAAAGCAAAUGGACUCAUCAAUAGGUUGAUUGAAGAGGACAGAAUGGACUUGUUGGGAAUAGUGGUUGUAGACGAGCUGCACAUGGUUGGAGACUCUGGGAGAGGCUAUUUGCUGGAACUUCUACUGACCAAGAUUCGCUUCAUUGCACAGAAAACCUCAACUGCAGAUACAAGAUCUUUGUCAGAAAAAAGCCAGAGUGUUUCUAAGGAAAUUCAGAUUGUGGGGAUGAGUGCCACGCUACCCAAUCUGGACCUCUUGGCCACCUGGCUGGAUGCUGAGCUUUAUCAUACAGACUACCGACCCGUCCCUCUGAAAGAGUGGGUGAAGAUUGGCUCCAGUGUUUACGAUGGCUCAAUGGCCCUCAUGAGGAAGUUCCAGCCUGCUCUUCAAGUUAAGGGUGAUGAUGACCACAUUGUAAGCCUGUGUUUUGAGACUAUACAGGACGGUCACUCUGUAUUGCUGUUCUGCCCCUCUAAAAGCUGGUGUGAGAAACUGACAGACAGCAUUGCAAGGGAAUUUUACAACCUCCAUCACAAAGAAAAGCAGGGUUCGUCAGGUCCACCUCCUGUGUCUCUGAAGCAUGAGGGUCUGCUGGAUGUGGUGGCUCAGCUGAAACGGUCCCCUGCAGGACUCGAUCAUAUUCUCCAGCGCACUGUGCCAUGGGGCGUGGCCUUCCAUCAUGCAGGACUGACCUUUGACGAGAGGGAUAUUUUAGAGAAUGGCUUCCGUGAGGGUUGCAUUCGAGUCCUGGCCGCAACGUCUACCCUGUCUUCUGGCGUGAACCUUCCGGCACGACGCGUCAUCAUCCGUACCCCGGUCUUCAACGGCCACCUGCUGGACAUAUUGACCUACAAGCAGAUGGCAGGGCGAGCGGGGCGCAAAGGAGUGGACACUGAGGGUGAGAGCGUGCUGGUCUGUAAGGAGUCCGAACGUCUCAAGGGAGUCAGCUUGAUACAGGGCACGCUGAAGCCAAUCAGCAGCUGUCUGAUUAAAAAGGAGGGUGAGGGCGUUACGACUAGUAUGCUUCGGGCAAUUCUAGAGAUUAUCGUUGGGGGAGUUGCGAGCACUCCGGAGGAGGUGAAGCUCUAUGCCUCCUGCACGCUACUGGCAGCGAGUCUGGCAGCAGAGGAAGGGAGUGCAGGAUCAACAUCCAGCACGAAGGACAAGAGUCGUGGAGCCAUAGAGGCCUGUAUAGAGUGGCUCAUGGACAAUGAAUUUAUCCACAUCCAGAACGACAAAGAUGCAGAGGAGAGGUAUUGUCCCACUCAUCUGGGCUCUGCGACUCUGUCCUCAUCCCUGUCACCACCGGAGGCCCUGGGGAUAUUUGCAGACCUGCAGAGAGCAAUGAAGGGAUUUGUGUUGGAGAAUGACCUCCAUAUUCUUUACCAGAUAACCCCUGUGUAUGCGGACUGGACCACAAUUGACUGGUACCAGUUUUUCUGUCUCUGGGAACAGCUGCCAUCAUCGAUGAAGCGUGUGGCUGAAAUGGUGGGAAUCCAGGAGGGUUUCCUGGCACGCUCGGUCAGUGGGAAGCUGGUUGCCAAGACUGAUAAACAACGAAGGCAAAUGGCCAUACAUAAACGAUUUUUUACUACACUGGUGUUACUGGACUUGGUGAAUGAAGUACCUCUGGGUAUUGUGGCGAAGAAGUACGGGUGUAGCAGAGGACAGCUUCAGUCUCUUCAACAGUCAGCCUCCACCUACGCAGGAAUGGUCACGGUCUUCUGCAACCGCUUGGGUUGGCACAACCUGGAGAUACUACUGUCACAGUUCCAGAGUCGCCUCAGUUUCGGAGUGCAGAGAGAACUCUGUGAUCUGGUGCGGAUCUCUCUCCUGAACGCCCAGACCGCACGAACCCUGUACAGCGCAGGACUUCUCACCGUGGCAGAUGUGGCCCAUGCGCAGGUUGCAGAUGUAGAGAAAGUGCUUAGGAAAGCUGUCCCUUUCAAAAGCUCCAAGCAGGCCGUUGACGAGACUGAAUGGGAAGUCCAGGAGCGCAGAAGCUUACGUUGUAUAUGGGUCAGCGGGAAGAAGCCCUUGACGGAGAGAGAGGCAGCUCUGGAGAUUGUGGCCGAGGCGAGGCACCUGCUGCAGCAGGACUUGGCCAUGCUGGGUGUGAACUGGGACCCAGCCUCUCUACCACUAGGGGGCAGCACAAACCAGCCAGCAGCAGAGCGAUCAGCUGAUGAUGAGUCAGAGAGGACAGCGGUGCACAAGCCUGAGGUCAAUGAGGCAAGUGUUAAAGGAGGAGUGACUGACACCAAUACAAGUGCAGAUUGUAAACAUGCAAAGGGAGUGGUGAAAGACACAGAGAUCACGAAAAGUCUGCACAUGGCGUGUGACGACACUGUCCGUCUCCAAGUUACAUCCAAAGAGAAUGUUGAAAGCGGGGAAGAACCCAUGGACACUUCUGUUGACAAAUCAACUAAGAACACCAUUACAAAUCCUGUGCUGGAUUUUCUGCCUGCUGACUGUGAACGCCGAUCCAGUGCAUUGUAUAAAGUGCUGAGGUCCAUAAAAGCAAAAGACAAGAAACGGCCAGUGGACGACACAGUGUCUGCUCAGUCAUCUGUUCAUGUGAAUUCAGACAAUCAGUUAAAUACAAAUGGCAUGUCUGCCACUGAGGAGCAGUCUGCACCACCACCUGAUACUCAGGUGUCCAAACGUAGGAAAGUGGAAGAUUUAGGAGUGACAGAUGGACAUGAUGGACAAAUCGUAAAUAAAUACAGCACAUCACUUCCAGAGAGGACAGAUCAGCCCUCCUCAGACCUAGCUGAAGAUCAAAAUCACACAAGUAAAGAAGGUGACAAAAAUACAGAUAAACUUGAGCAAGCAACCCAGUUGAAAGACUCUGAGGAAGUCCCGAGGUUAAGUUGUGACAAGAAUCAGGACCGUGGGAGGAAGGUCAGAUUUAAAUCCAAGCAUUUCUUUACCGAGGACACGCAUAGCGAGGCCAAAAACGAAACAGAGAGAUCUUCUUUAGUACAAACAAAAAGAAACAAAGCUGAAGAGUCAUGUCAAAGUCAAGAUGUUCCCCAAGACACUUCCUCAUCAUCAUGUCACAUCAGGACACCAGGAAUUAAACAAGUCACUGUUGUCUCACCAGCAGAGAAAUGUACAUCCCCUGAUUUGUACACAGGGAAUGCAGGGGACUUUGGUGACAGUUUUCAGCUAGACACACAGACCGAGAGAAUCAUACAGCAGCAAGAUGGUGUUUUUCAGGGAGAUGCCAACUUAACAGCUAGUAAUGGAACCAUGAAAUCCCACACUGAUGGUGUUUUUCAGGGAGAUGCCAACUCAACAGCUAGUAAUGGAACCAUGAAAUCCCACACUGAUGGUGUUUUUCAGGGAGAUGCCAACUCAAAAGCUAAUAAUGGAACCAUGAAAUCCCACACUGAUGUCAUGCUUAAGCUGUCAGUAUCUGAAGACGAAAAGUCUUCUGAGGAAUCUGGUAUUGAGACAAACCCCAACAGGGAGAGGUCAUUGGGCAAUAUAAGUCCUACCAAUGUCUGCCUUCGCAGCUGUACCCUAGCCCAUCCCAAAUACAACAUCUCCCUGACAGACAGUCAAAUGGAAAAAAUUCUCAAUUACAGUCAUCAAGUAAUCGAAGAGAAUUUGAGAGUUCCACAGCAGGACGCGCAAGCAAAUGACCCACAUGCUCUAGAAUCCAACAACGGCCAGAAGAUCCCACAAGAUGCAGCGGAGACCAGCCUCAAUGGUAGCAGCAGUUUCCUAUUUGAUAGUCUAUAUGAUAGCUCCUUGCUGGAUGCCCUGGCAGCAGAGGAUGCGUCAGGUGAAACUGAGGAGGAGGAGGUGGAUGGAAUGGCGGAAGAGACUGGAGUGACGACAGAGAGUGGAAUGAGGGCAGAGAAUGGAAUGGCGGAAGAGAAUAAAGUGACAGCAGUGGAUGGAAUGGCAGAGGAGAACAGAAUGGUCGCUCAGGAUGGAAUAGCAGCAGAUACUGAGGAACCCCCAGAUAGUCCACCCCUUGGUGAAGUUCAAGAGGCCAUCCAAUGGGGCGAGUCGUCAUUCAACCUGUCUGAGUGGGGAGAUUCCCUCCUGAUCGGAGAACAUUACCUGGAGAAAAUGAAUAGUGUGUUAAAAUGUGGCCAUCUGCCAACCAGAGAGCCAGAGAGGCCAGGUAUGGAGGAGUGUGUUAUGUCUGAGUUCCCUGGGCCUGUUGACAGAGAAGUGAUUUGUAAAGACCUAGAGGCAAAGAUCAGUGAGUGCUCGUUUCUUGUGAGUCCAGGAAUGCAAGAGGUAUUUGAUAAGUGGUCAGAGCAGUUUUCAACUUUCAGUGAGAUGCCAGUGGAGACAAAUUCAGACUCCUCAGAUCAUGAAGGUUUGAUAGCUGAGAGGGAAGACAAUGUGGUUGACACUGAAAAUAAAAACAAUGUAGGUGAGAAUGAUGUUGUCAUGACACAGAACACAAUAGGAAACCCACGGUCCAGACAAGGGGGUGACAUCAUUCCUCCAACCCCAGAGCCUGUCACUCCUGUAAGGGUCAAAAUGACCACCUCGGCCAUCCAGUCACCACUUCAGCCCCAAUCCUCAACGAACACCAAAGAAAAACCUUGGCCUGAUGUGGAAGUGAAAUUAAAAUCCAAUCUCAGCGAUAACAACCCUCUAACUGACAGUGGCCUUCCACAUGAGGCAACCGAGGAACAGAUAUCUAUGGGGUUCACUCCCAGCAGUCCCGAGUCCUUCACAAUCAUUGAUGUGGCCAGUGAUCAGAGCCUCUUUGAGACUUUUGUGAAGGAGUGGCAAACGCAGCAGAGGGUUGCUCUGGCUCUUGCCUGUGAGGAGUGUGAUCGCAUUCCAGACACCAAGUCGGUCAUAGGAGUAAAACACAAACAAGGUGUCCACCCAGGGAAAAGCCUGAGGAAAGAUGGGUUCCCUGUGAAAGGAGAUGAAGGACUUGUUGUUGUUGGCAUCUCUGUGUGCUGGGGAGGAAAAGAUGCCUAUUACAUAUCUCUACAGCAGGAACAGACAAACACAGACAUCAGUGCAAGCUUAGCCCCUCCUCCUCUGGAUGACAAAUUGACUGUUGCCGAGAGACAGAAGCGAAUUCAAAGCUGUUUAGAAAAGAAGGUUCUCUCUGAUGAUGGAGGAGUUACAAUUGCGUAUGACCUCCUUCAAGUCUACAAGACAUUGUUGUCGGCCUGUGGAGUCUCACUUGGAGGAGUCUUCGAAGACCCAAAGGUUGCUUGUUGGCUGCUGGACCCUGGCUCUAAAGAACGCACUCUGCACAACAUGGUGACAAACUUCGCCCCACAAGACGUCUCUCUGCUGGACGGUAUUAGUUCAGGACAAGGCGUGCAAAGUUUAGGGAUGAGUGGGGAUGCCAGUUACUCCGGACGGUACAGAGCAGCAGUGGAAUGCGUCCUUGUUUACAGAGUCAUGGGCCAGCUCACUGACCUUCUGUCCAAGGACAGUCUGUUAGAUGUGUUUCACAAUGUGGAGAUGCCAAACCAGUACUGCCUGGCUUUGUUGGAGCUCAAUGGUAUUGGGUUCAGCACCGAGGAGUGCGAAGCCCAGAAGCAUGUUAUGCAGGCCAAGCUCAAAGCCCUGGAGUCCCAGGCAUACCAGCUGGCUGGGCACAGCUUCUCCCUGACCAGCCCUGACGAUGUUGCAGAGGUGCUGUUCUUGGAGCUGAAGUUGCCUCCAAACGGGGACGUAAAUGGUCAGAAGGCCAAGAAGACUCUUGGUUACACUCGAAGACCUGGUGGAGGUCGGGUCAGACUGGCUAAACAGUUUAGCACCACAAAGGACAUUCUAGAAAAACUGAAACCACUGCACCAGUUACCAGGGGUUAUUCUAGAAUGGAGAAGAAUCACAAAUGCCCUGACCAAGGUAGUUUUUCCCCUGCAAAGAGAGAAAUGUCUGCAUCCAGUACUGAAUAUGGAGAGGAUACAUCCAGUCUCACAAACACAUACAGCAACAGGAAGAGUUAGCUUCACUGAACCGAACAUUCAGAAUGUCCCCAAAGAUUUUGAUAUAGAGAUGCCCACAGUAAUUGGGGAAAGCCAGCCAUUGGAGAAUGGAAGUAGUAUUGGUUCCUCAAAAAGGAGAAAAUCAAGGAUUCCUCAGCAAUUUGUACCACUCAUCAAAACAUUGGAAACUCCACAAGAAAGGGGCACACCUUUUUCAGUUAGUAUGAGGCACGCUUUUGUCCCUUUCUCAGGAGGGCUCAUCUUAGCAGCUGACUACUCUCAGUUAGAGCUCAGAAUCUUGGCUCACCUGUCGCGUGACCGGCGACUCCUCAAGGUGCUUAACAGCGGGGCAGACGUCUUCAAAAGCAUUGCAGCUGAGUGGAAGAUGGUGGACCCUGCAUCAGUAGAUGAUCGUUUGAGACAGCAGGCAAAACAGAUUUGUUAUGGAAUCAUCUAUGGCAUGGGAGCAAAAUCUCUUGGAGAACAAAUGGACAUUGAUGAGAAUGAUGCUGCAUCUUACAUUGAAUCUUUCAAAUCAAGAUAUUCAGGAAUACAGACCUUUUUAAAAGAAACUGUGAAGAACUGUGGCAAAAAUGGCUAUGUACAGACCAUUCUUGGCAGGAGGAGGUUUCUCCCAGGCAUAAAAGAUAAAAAUAUGUAUAUAAGAUCGCAUGCUGAACGCCAGGCAGUCAACACCACUGUCCAAGGGUCUGCAGCUGACAUCGUCAAGCUUGCCACAGUCAACAUUCAGCUGCAGUUUAACAAAGCUUUCCAGAACAUACCCCAGUCUCAUCAGCACCCUGUCCCAGGAGCAGAUUCCUCAAUGAUGACAACCACAGAAGGAAUGAUCUUCCUUAGAUGUGACAGAGGAAUGAGCUUCUUCAUAUCUGUGACUAGGAAAGGAUCAAGGCGCCACCGAGUCCUCUCCAGGCCCCUGAGAGGAGCUUACUUCAUUCUACAACUCCACGAUGAGCUCAUCUAUGAAGUCGCUGAAGAAGACCUCAUACAUGUUGCACAGAUUAUGAAGAAAGAAAUGGAGUCCGCUGUGAAGCUGUACGUGAAGCUCUGUGUCAAAGUGAAGGUUGGCUCCAGCUGGGGUAAUCUACAAGACUUGGAUAUUUAGUAGAUAUUUAUUACUGGAGGGACAUCCUUUGCACCUUCAAGAGCCAACAGAUUAAACUGCUCAUUUGUAAAAUGUUGGUUUGUGAUUGUAGUGUUCAUAAUCAUAACAUUUCCAAAGAAUUUUUUUAACCUCCUGUUUUUAUUGGUUUUUAGCCUCUUCACAAAAGGCCUGGAUAUAUUUCCUUUAUUGGGCCAGAAGCAAUAAUGAAUUUAAAUGAAUGUCUUUGAAUGUAUUGUAAUUAAAUCUACAUUUGCUGUAUGUAUCUGUAUUUAUGUAAGGGGAAUUACAAGAUGUAUAGUUGUACACAUUAACACUAUUUCCUACCCAGGUUGUGAGAAGAAUUAAGCGACUAAAAAAAUGUAUCGCACUAUUAAAAGUUCUGAUUCAAAGUU